AUGAAUUUCAAUCCCUACAGCAAUCCAAACUUUGUUUUUGCUAAUAAACAAGCAACAACUCCAAGUAGAACAACACCAUCAUCCGUUACCUCACCAACAUCUAAAACACCAGUUUCUUCUUCCACAACAAUAACACCGACAGUUUCGAAUAGUAAUUCGUCCACGUCAACCUCUACCACAACAAAUACAACCACCACAGCUGCAACACCAACAAGUGAAACUAAUCGUAGAAUCACCACAAUACCCAAGUUAGAUGCUUCAGAAGUAAAGAAUUUAACACAAGAAAUUGAAGAAGAACUUUCUUCACCAAAACGUUCUACAAUUAAUUCUAAUCUAAUCAAUAAUUCAAAACCAAGACCUAGAUCACAAAGUAGAUUAGUUAAUUUGGAUAAAGAUUCAGAUGAUGAUCAAGAUGAAGAAGAAGAAGAAUCAAAAAAUCAAGAUCAAGUCAGAACAAUUUUAACAGUUGAAGUAACAGUUAUUAAACCAUCAAAUAAUGGAUGGAGAGUUGUUUCAAAUUCUUCACUUUUGAGUUUAUAUUCAUCUGAGAGAAAACAAGCAUUGACAAGUGAAGUUGAAAUACCAACUGAAAUGGCACUUUGGAAAGAAUCUCAAAAAAAGAAAGGUUUCGAUUUAUAUUUAUUCUUAAAAUUGAAUGAAAAUGUUCAAUUUCAAAUAUUGAAGAGUGUUAAUGAUGAUUCAAAUAAGGAAAUUAGUUCUUCUUAUUUGGUUGUUAAAUAUGUUGAUAAGAGAAGUGAAAAGAUUCAAUUUAUUGGAUUAAUAUUUUCAACUGUUGCAGAUUUACAAUCAACUUAUAAUUUACUUCAGAGAUGUAUUGUUUCAGUUCCAACUAUUCCAGUUUCGUCUGCUCAAACUCCAAGUAAAUCAGUUUCGUCUGCUGAAGAACUUGAAAACUCAUCAAGUGAAAAGGAUAGUUUAAAAAUGGCUGUUUAUAAGAAAGGUUUAAUAGAUCAUAUUCAAAACCAAAUAUUGUACCAUACAAAGCAAAUGUGUUAUCACGAAUUGCAAAAAGAAGAAUUGUUAAAACAAUUACAAAAAUUAGAAAAUGAAUAA